CCAGCAACCCCUGCCUGUCCCCUGGUACGAAGGAGAGAGGCGGGGGUAGGGGCAGGAUGGCAAGAUAUGGGAGUUGAGAGAGUGACCAAGUCCACACAGUCUGUAGUGUGGCCACAGCCCAACCCUGACAAGAGGGUACAAAGGGGUGGUAUGGGAAACCACGCUUGACCCUGCCUGCUCCAUGAGCCUCCCUGCCAGGCCCCCUCCCUCCACAGCAUCUCCCUGCACACAAGCCUGGGACCACCAAGCAGCCUGUCUCUGUGGAUCUCACCCGGCCCUGGGGCACUAGGGCAGAGCCUUCAGGGACCAUGGUGGGCCUGAAGCCCUCUGAGGUGCCCCCCACCACAGCCGUGAAAUUCCUGGGUGCAGGCACUGCAGCCUGCUUCGCUGACCUCCUCACAUUCCCGCUGGACACAGCCAAGGUCCGCCUGCAGAUCCAGGGGGAGAACCCAGUAGCCCUGGCAGCACCGAGUAUGCAGUAUCGCGGCGUGCUGGGCACCAUCCUGACCAUGGUGUGCACCGAGGGCCCACGCAGCCCCUACAAUGGGCUGGUGGCCGGCCUGCAGCGCCAGAUGAGCUUCGCCUCAAUCCGCAUUGGCCUCUAUGACUCCGUGAAGCAGUUCUAUACCCCCAAGGGAGCUGACCACUCGAGUGUCACUAUCCGGAUUCUGGCAGGCUGCACCACAGGAGCCAUGGCAGUGACGUGUGCCCAGCCCACUGAUGUGGUAAAGGUCCGUUUCCAGGCCAGUGUGCACCUGGGGCCCCGCAGUGACAGGAAGUACAACGGGACUAUGGAUGCCUACAGAACCAUUGCCCGGGAGGAGGGGCUCAGAGGCCUGUGGAAAGGCACUUUGCCCAACAUCACGAGGAAUGCCAUUGUCAACUGCGCUGAGAUGGUAACCUACGACAUCAUCAAAGAGAAGCUGCUGGACUCGCACCUGCUCACAGACAACUUUCCCUGCCACUUCGUCUCCGCCUUUGGAGCCGGCUUCUGUGCCACGGUGGUGGCCUCGCCAGUGGACGUGGUGAAGACUCGAUACAUGAACUCCCCUCCGGGCCAGUACCUCAGCCCCCUGGACUGCAUGCUCAAGAUGGUGGCCCAGGAGGGCCCUACAGCCUUCUACAAGGGAUUUACACCUUCCUUUUUGCGUCUGGGAAGCUGGAAUGUGAUGAUGUUUGUCACCUAUGAGCAGCUGAAACGGGCCUUGAUGAAAGUCCAGAUGUUUCGGGAAUCUCCGUUUUGAACAAACCCCAGUAGCUCACGUGGGACUGAACUUGCGCAAAGCCAGUUAACAGCACAGAGCAUGGAUGCACACAGGUGCAGACACUGGCCCACACGUGUUUACAUGAACUGUUCACUUGUUGCUGAUUCAAGAGCUAGAAGCCGUGGCAAGCAUUCUUGUCUUCAGUGCUUGGUUUUAAGAGCACUUUCAUUUGGAUUGACAAGAUGGAGACUAAAUUAUAUUAAUUUUUGAAGACCAUUAAGUUGGAUGCCUAACAUUUAGGCAAGAGAAAAAUAAAUAAAUACA